AUGACUGAAAAUGCUAUCCAACGUGUGGCUGUCAUUGGAGCAGGCAUUUCGGGGGUUGUCAGUGCCGCCCAUCUAUUGGCAGCUGGUAAAGAGGUGACUGUCUUCGAAAGAAAUCACGCAGCAGGCGGAAACUGGCUCUAUGACAAACGAGUGCCGAUCGAAGCUCACUAUCCAUCAAUUAAACCACUUGAUGUGGAGCGAUACGUUCAGGAUGGCCGUGAAGGGAAGGAGCGACAGACUUUACUACAUGCACCACCAGGUCCCUGUUAUGAAGGUUUGACCAAUAACGUAUCAACGCCACUGCUACGAACCACGUUGAAUUCCUGGCCGGAGGGAACUCCGCAUUAUGUCAACCAUAAUGUGCUGAAAAAUUACAUCCAAGAUACUUCCAAGGAAACGGGGGUCAAUGAUGUGACCAUUUACGGGGCUUUAGUUACCGAAAUCUACAAGCAGGAUGAACAGUGGCAUGUUCACUGGACUAUCUUGGAAGAAGACAUUCAUAACGGGGAACUUGUCGAAAGUCACCAAUCACUGAAAUUUGAUGCCGUUGUCAUUGCAUCCGGCCAUUACCACACUCCACUUGUCCCUGAUAUCCCAGGUCUUGCCCAGGCGAAAGAAAAAUGGCCAUCGAAGAUUACUCAUUCCAAGUCUUUCAGAAAUUCCGAAGGAUUCGAAGGAAAGAAUGUACUUCUGAUAGGCGGCGGUGUGUCUGCAAUGGAUAUCGCUCGAGAAAUCAGCCCAGUUUCCCAAACAAUUUAUCAAAGCACCAGAGGUGGCGCAUUUGACGUCCCCGCGGCGGCACUCCCUGCAAAUGCCACGAGAAUCGAGCAGGUCUCAAAAUUUGAAAUUCAUGAAGCAGAUGAUCAAAACCAGCAUCUACCAAUAACUGUCCGUUUGAAGUCAGGUGAAACCCUGCACGAUAUCGAUCGAGUUGUGCUCUGCACGGGCUACCUGAUGACAUUGCCGUUCUUCCCCCAAUACAACAACAACUCUGUGUCUGUUACUGAGGCGGAUAAUUCGACACUAGUCACAGACGGAACGCAGGUCCACAAUUUGCACCGAGAUAUUUUCUACAUUCCCGAUCCGACCUUGGCGUUUGUGGGUAUUCCCUUCUAUACUGCGACGUUCACAUUGUUUGAAUUCCAAGCUAUCGCUGUCGUGGAGUUUUUUUCCGGAAAUGUGCAUCUACCAUCAGAGACGGAAAUGAGAGAAGAGUUAUUGGAAAAGGUCCGUAUCAAGGGUUAUAGGCGAAGCUUUCAUUCGCUCAAGGGGGAAGAAGAAAUUUAUGUGAAUCAUCUUCUUGCUUGGGUGAAUAGCGAGAGAGACCAACGAGGUCUGUCACCGAUUGAGGGACAUACUGGCCCCUGGUAUGAGGCAAAGGCGCAGCAGGUUGAGAGAUUCAAUCAGCUCUUUGGACUGUCUCUCAAGGUUUCCAACCCCAAAGUUGGCAGCCAGGUGGAAGUUUCAGCAUAG